CAUUGGUCACACAUAUGGGUGGUCCCACUCUAAAAGUCUUCUCACCAAGUCAACCUUCUCAUCUUCCUCAUUCCCACUCAUCCGCCAUUAAUACACAUCCAAACCUCAACACACACACACAAAACCAUGAAGUUUCCACUCAUCUUCCCCACCUUAAUCAUCCUCUCCUCCAUUUUCUCCCCUCAAUCAACCGCACAAGACCCGGGUUUCCGCUGCACAAACCCCACCUCCACCACCUGCAACUCCCUCAUCGACUACAAACUUCCCAACACCACCACUCUCUCCGCCAUCACCACCCUCUUCCAAAUCAGAAACCUCCGCUCCCUUCUCGCCGCCAACAACCUCCCAAUCACCACAUCAAAAGACACGGUAUACAACGCCACACAAACCCUCAAAAUCCCCUUUCCCUGCCUAUGCCGCAACGGCACCGGAAUCUCCAACCACCGCCCCAUCUACACCGUGGUCCCCGACGACGGGCUGUACCAUAUUGCCGCUGAAGUGUUCUCGUCGCUGGUUAGUUACCCGCAGAUUCAGAAGGUGAAUAAUAUAUCGGAUGCAGAUACGAUUUUGGUGGGGCAGGAGUUGUGGAUCCCGCUGCCGUGUAGCUGUGAUGAUGUGGAUGGUGAGGCGGUGAUGCAUUAUGGGUACUUGGUGGCUGCCGGGAAUUCGGUGGGUGGGAUUGCGAUGGAGUUUAAUACGACGGAGAGUACGUUGUUGGAUUUGAAUGGGAUGGGUAGUGCUGCGGAUUUGAAAGCGGAUACGAUUAUUGAUGUUCCUCUUAAAGUUUGUAAAACAUCAUUGAGAAAUGACUCUAUGGACUACCCUUUGCUCGUUCCAAACAAUACUUACAUUUUUACUGCAAACAAUUGUGUCCGAUGUGAAUGCAGUGCUGCCAACAAUUGGAUAUUGAACUGCGAGCCAGCAGGGAUUCAAAAGCGAAAUGGAGGAACUUGUCCUUCUAUGCAAUGUGCAGGCACCUCUUUUGAUUUGGGAAAUACCACUUCAGAUUCUCCUUGUAGCUUAUCAAGAUGUGCGUAUGGCGGUUAUGGAAAUAAUACCAUCUAUACCGAGCUUACCCAAGAGUCCACUUGUCCAGGGGGGAGCGGCAACAAUAGCAGCCCGUCCGGAAAUGGUGCAAAAGGUUUGAGAUGGAGUUUUGUUCUUGCUGCAUCAUUUAUUGGUCUUCUUCAUCUUCUGAGGUUGUGAGAUCCAUAUCUGUAAAUGCCAGGGAGUUUAACACAGUUUCCAUAAAUACAUUAGUUGUUGUAGUGGUUGACGACUCGUCGUAUGAUCAUGGUUUCUUUUUCUUGCCGCAAUUGUCAUUGAACGGUUGUAUAUGAGAGGGAGAGAAGUAAUAAGAUAUUGGUUGAUGUUUAGUGUUUGGUCAUUUUGAGUUUUGUGUAUUAGACCGGCAUUUGGUGCAUGUCUAACCAUAUGUUAUAUUUCACUUUUAUGUUAAA